GAACGAGCUGCUGCGUUUCUGAUCUCCUUUCUCCUCUUCCUUUUUGGAAAAGCAUACGAAGGGCAACAUGGAUUUCGGGGUGAUUGUGUCCAAGAGCGUGCUGCUGUUUAUCAGUUUCGUCUUUUGGGGUGCAGCGGCUGGACUCCUUUAUGUUGGCACCCACGUUAUCAGCGCUUACAAGGAAUAUGACCCUUUUCUUCAGGACCGAUAUGCUCUCUUGCCAGCCAUCAUUAUCAUUGGCAUAGCUGUGGUCAUGCUGGUCAUUGGCAUAGUUGGCUGCUGUGCCACCCUUCGUGAAUCCAAGAUUGGACUGGGAGUGUUCCUGGUCAUCAUCCUGGUGAUCUUCACUGCAGAAAUGGCAGCUUUUGUGCUUGGAUUUAUUUACAAAGGAAAGAUAAAAAGUGACUUAAACGAACCUAUGUGGAAAGCAUUCACAGCCUACAAUGGAAAAACAGAGGAGUCUCAUCUUAUAGACUACAUGCAACAGGAGCUUCAGUGUUGCGGUGUCUACAACUACACCGAUUGGUUUGGUACCCAAUGGUUCAACACUACAGGCAACCACACCCUUCCUGUGAGCUGCUGCAAGGAAGGUCCGACUAUGAAGAAUUGCACAGGACAACUAAGGGAGCCACAGUUUUUCAAUACACAGGGCUGUGAAGCAGUAGUGGAACAGGCUCUGCAUAACCUCCUCAACUACGCUAUGCUUAUCAUCCUGGCUUUUGCCAUUGUGAAGUUUUUUGGAAUGCUUGGUAUCUGCUUGUUGGCCUGCAAGAAAGAAAACGAUGGGUAUCAGUCCCUGAGCUCAGGCGUGUUUGCCUGACCGAAAAAUGGAGGACUUUUCUGUUUGGGAUUUCCAUCAACAAAAAUGGAUAUAAAAAAGAUGUCCUGAGUAGAAAGCAUGAGCCUACUUUUUAUGACCUCCUGAUACUGGCUUUCAGAAGUUGUAUUAAAUGUUAACUGAGUUGGCAUUAACAUCCUUAUGGGCCUGAGAUUUCUCUGAUGCAGUUGAAAUUAAGGUGUACAGUACUUUUUUAACAGCAGAUGGAGGCAUUCACCAGAAAAGAUGGACCAAUGCCUGCGUUUCCAGUGUUGUGAUGCACUUUGUGAAUCUGUCUUUGAAUAUACUUAAAGAAAUUACUUUUCACACAAGGCACUUUUUUUUUUCCUGAAUGGCUGGGCCACUAGCAUAUAGUAAAGGGCUAUGUGCUUUUAGCAAAUCUCUAAAAAAUAGUGGAGGUGGCUUACUGUCACGUUAGACAUUUUGAAUUCCACUCCAAGGUAAAUUUUGAGAACAUGGGAUGCCUUGGAUUUAAGCUGGAUCCUUCUCCCAAGGAAAAAUGCAGGUAUAAAUGCCAACAAUUGCUUUUACUCUGGUACUGACAUUUUCUGGAGUAACUUGGGGAUUUGGACAUAUGCAAACUUGAGCUGGGAGUUACCAGCAUUUUCAUCUGAAUAUCAUCAUCAAAUUUCUAACUGUGUGAAUUGUUUUGAUCAAUAAAGUCAUAGCAUAAUCCCUAAAAUAGGCUUCAGACUUUAAGCAUAGAAAGAUAAUCUGCUCUAAACAUCUGUCAUAGGCUCAUACCUGAAAAAAGUAUGCCUGCUCCUUGUUAUCACUGCAUCCUUAGUUCUCGUCCGUCAAAACUAAGUACAAUCCCCAGUUACAAAUUUGUCGAGCUAUAGAACUGAAUCAGAGUUGCAGGAACUCACUUAAUCCCAGCCGUGUCUUAACGUAAUAGUUAUGUACUCCAGAGGCACAAGGUUGGAGAACGCUGAUCUAGCGAUAUGUGGCUGAUUUUAUUAGACUUUAUUCAGUGGGUGCUCCAGUUUGAAUUGAGUCUAUUUUUGGUCUGGUAAUCCAGUACACACUGCAGUUGAGUAAAAUUUCAGGAUGUGCCUGGAAAUAUAUUAAACAUGUGAUACUACUUUAAUUUCAUUAGCAUCUGGAGCUUGAUUUUAUUCUGCAUUCUUAGAUGGCAAUUUCUUCAGAUGAAGGAUGUUGACUUGUCAGGAUAUAAUCAAAUGUCUUCUUUAUGUUCUGCCUUCUACUUGCUUUUGUGAGCAGAGAAGCAACUUAGAUAGCAUAUGCGUUGCUGAAAAAAAGAAGCAGAUUUGGUUUUUCAAACCAUUUCUCUUUAAUUUCUCGAGUGCUGUAUGACUGUUUAGAUUACAUAAGGACACUCCUUAAACCCUGAAUAAAAUACUUCAGAAAUAAA